AUGCUGGGGAUGGAAAACGGAGCUGACACAGCUCUUCGGGUUAUGAGACUAGCUACUGUGGCCAACAACAAGUUGAAAAGGAAAGGUAUUACGGACAGACAGUUGAGUCGAAUGGCAAAAUGUGGGAAGUCUAAGACUGAUCCUCAUACAUGUUCCAAUCUUCAUCGUCUCCUGGCAAAGUCUGGGAAGUUGCCAUCGAUGUGCACGCGUUUGCUCUACACGGUGCUACCUUCUCCAUACACCAAGGACAGCUUCCAGCGGCUACUUCGGUUGCUGACUGACGAUCUGAAGUCAUUGCAGGAAUGGUAUGACGUCAAGGGUGCCAUGAGAUCCUUGACACCUUCAGCUACAAACCCGAACCCGUUCAAGGCUGAUGAGCCCAGGAGUCCACUUCGGGAUCUUUUGACUGGGGAUGACACAAGAUACAUUCGGAUUGACCCUGCCCAUACGUUUGCAAUCGAUGGAAUCGGGAAAGAUUUCUUGGCCAGUACCAUCGUUAUGUUAGUUCGGAUGUGGCAUUUUGGUAGAGGAAAUGCAGGGCAUGCACUGCAGAAUGCCUAUGCUAGCUUCAUGGCCUAUUGCUCAGCACGUAAGAAAACGACCAGUAUCCAGGAUUUCAGCUUUGCCACCCUCAAACUCCCUCAGAACACGCUGAAAGGUUUCCCACGUGGUUUGGGAAAAGGACAUGACGCCGCUGUUCUCGGCGCCUGGCUUGCGGAGGAAGUGCAACAGAUCUCGGCAGCCUCAGUCGACCCGCAGUAUCGGGACAUCCUGGAAGUCAUCAAACUUACCUGCUGUUCCAAUGACCGCUUCUGGCGAACCAUCUACGAGCAUGGGGUAUGGAUUCCGUAUGAUGUGGGAGUUCAAAUUGUACAAGAUGGAUGGGCUUUCACAGAUGGGUAUUCAACUUUGGCUUCAUUGACCGCAGCAAUGGGCAUCCAUGGAUACCACACCAGACCAAAAUUACACAUGCAAGCCCACAUCACGCUCGACAUGCAACACCAAUUAGCCAGACCAGGCUGCAAAUUCAUUUUGAGUCCGUCAGCACAUAUGUGCUGGACGGAUGAGGAUAUGAUAGGAAGGAUCUCUAGAUUGUCUAGACGUUGUCAUGCUCUCACCACAGCCCGUCGAACAAUAGACAGGGCAUUGUGCAAUUACCGUCGUUUGUUUAGCAUCCAUUUUAGUGGUAGCUAUAUGCAGAAUGGGAACCCAUAA